UAAGGGGGUGGGGGUGGGAAGAGAGGUAGGGAACCCGGAAUGCAGCAAUUGGGUUGGGGCUGACUGGAGAGGCGGUCAUAGGGAGAGCUGCCUAUUGGGAGAGUCCGCAGGAACAGCUGGGCUGCGGGAGAAUGCCAGGGGCAGACGGGCUCUGGGGGGGGAUGAGUUUCUGCAAAGUUUGACCUGGUUGUCUUUCGGAUGCCGCAGCAGAAACUGAGGCAGGCUAGGGGGCUUCCCUGAGCUAGAAAGCGACGGCAGCGACCACGAAGCUGACAGCACAUACCGAACAUAAUGAUUAUAAAAUAAACGAGGAGAUUCGGGGGGUGGGGGAAAAUCAAGCCAGAUUAACCUCCCCGCCGCCCCCAACCGAGCGCACCCCGAGAAGCACCCCGCAAUCUGUAGAGGCAGGGCUCCUCGAGCUUCGCUGCCCCCCGUUUGUCUUGCAAGAGGAGCCUGACCCUGCGGCUAGCGUCCGAGCCCAGCUUGGGGCAGGGAGCGGGGGAGUGGUGGUGGUGGCACGGGCGGACAAAUGCUAUGAACGAGGAGCAGCAGCUCGCCUGCCCGCUGCUGGGGGAAGGGGCUUCGGGAGGCAAAAAUAGCCCCCGGGGUGCCAAAAUUUGGGACCGGCUAGAGGGGGCAGGUGAGUCGGAGGCGAUUCUCCGGAGGUUGUGUGUGCGCCCAAGUUCCCCCGACAGAGACUGAGCCGGAGGCAGACGGGCACACAAAUAGGACAGUGAACCUGAGACCGCAAGAGGGGGGCGGGGGGCUGUGCUCGAGCGGAGGGGAGCUAGCGAGAAUAAAAACUGAGCGUGGGGCAAUCUAUGCCGGGCGUCCUCCUCCUGCGCCCGGGCGGAGGCCGGCAGAAGAGAUCCCCUGAACCGCGGACCGCGCUGCCGAAGACGAAGAGGAGGCGGAGGAAGGAGGAGCCGCCGGCGAAAGCUAGAUCUCAGCCUGCCAGCAAGCGAGCGCCAAGGCCGGCGGGGGGAAGUGACACGCUGCCGACUGCAGCAGUGUCAGCCUGAGCCGCGAGCGCCCUGGCCCCCGAGGAGGACCACCCUGGAGGGCUGAGGACCCUCGGGGCUGCGGGAGGCAGCGAGCUGGAAGGCAGAGCCCCCUCCCUUGCCUCCUCCCCAGGCCAGCCAGGUCCUCGCACCAGCGAACAGGGGGACGAAGCGAGACACCCGAGUAGGACAGCGGCUGAGAGCCACGGGAGACCAGACGGGGAGAGUCGGAUCACAGAGGGAGGAGGAGUGCUGCCUGAGUCCACCAGCCCUGGGGGGAAGAGAGCGAGUUGCAAAGCGAUCAACAACGUGGUGCAAUGUAGGAAACUGUUAGAUCCCCGCUCCGAAGAUCGGAAAUAGCUUCUUCUUCUUCUUUUUCUUUUUCUUUUUUUUUUUUUCUCGUGAGGUGGUGCUUUCUUACACCCCCCACCCCCACCCCUCCCUCUUCUGCUUAAAGCAAACCAGGGCCACCAAAGAGUGAAAGCCACUUGGGAACUACUGCUGCUCUUCCUUCGGAGUUUAUUUCUUGGGAUAUUUAUUGCAGGCUUGGGAACAGCCCUAAGCCCAUCUUUGGGCUUCUGGAAGCCUCAAAUCAUCGCUAAACUGGAGGUGUCUUGUUUUUCCUUUCCUGAUUUAAGAGAAACUGCUAUUUAAUUUAUUACUGUCACUGUGUGUGUGUGAAAGAGAGAGAGAGAGAGAGAAAGAGCGUGUGUAAAGAGAGAAAGGGCAGGAAGUGGAUUUUCUGCAGAAAGGGCGGCAGGAGCGUGGACCGUACAUAGCCUUCCUUAUUUAUGUGUCUCUCAGCAUUCUCCUUCAUCCAAAGAAUCACGGAAAAGUAUCCAACCUGUGUUUCCUGGUGAGUGAAGCACGAGGAAGGACUGGGGAUAUCAAAGCAUCAUGAUUAUUUUUUGAACUUCAAACUUAAAAAAAAAAAACCCAAAGAAUAUCUGAGAUUUUGCCCCUUGUUCAAAGAAGAAGAGAGACCCCACUGCUCCUGAAAUGUAGCAAAAUCCUUAUUUAUAAACGGGCUAAAGACACUGAUAUGAAAAGGCCCCUCUACUCGAAUUUUCUAUCCUAUGGAUAUCAGUCUUGAGAUUUCGAAAUAGGAAGAUCUGUAUUGGAUCUAGCAGCAACUAUCAUUUCAAUGCCUAGUCUUCCCUGGGACUGUUGGCAUUUCCUAAAAAUUAAACUGGUACUGUAUGCCAUGGGCUGUAUUCAGAGCAUCAGCAGCAAAUCCAAAAUUUUCCGAGAAAGUAUUUCGGUAAUUGAUGUGAAAGCUUCUAUUGACCCUAUCCCCACCAGCAUCGAUGAGUCGUCCAGUGUGGUUCUCCGCUACCGGACCCCGCACUUCCGAGCCUCGGCCCAGGUGGUCGUUCCGCCUAUACCGAAGAAGGAGACCUGGAUCGUUGGCUGGAUUCAAGCGUGCAGCCACAUGGAGUUUUACAACCACUAUGGGGAGCAGGGCAUGUCCAGCUGGGAGCUCCCAGACCUUCAAACAGGGAAGAUCCAGGCCAUCAGUGACUCAGAUGGGGUGAACUACCCUUGGUACGGCAACACCACAGAGACCUGCACCAUUGUGGGCCCCACCAAAAGAGACUCUAAGUUUAUCAUCAGCAUGAACGACAACUUCUACCCCAGUGUCACGUGGGCAGUGCCGGUCAGCGAGAGCAACGUGGCCAAACUGACCAGCAUCUACCGAGAUCAGAGCUUCACCACCUGGCUGGUGGCCACCAACACAGCCACCAACGACAUGGUCAUUCUCCAGACGCUCCACUGGAGGAUGCAACUCAACAUCGAGGUGAAUCCCAACAGGCCCUUGGGACAACGUGCCAAGCUUCGGGAGCCGACUGCCCAAGAGCAGCCCCAGAUCCUGAGUAAGAAUGAGCCAAUACCACCCAGUGCCCUUGUCAAACCGAAUGCCAAUGAUGCUCAAGUCCUCAUGUGGAGGCCGAGGGAUGGGCAGCCUCUCGUGGUGAUACCUCCCAAACACCGGUAACGAGCAGGGGUCCUGGCACCGAAUGGGAGGAGAACACGCUCUGAUCUGCUAGUUUAAGACAAACAAAUAAUAAUAAUAAUGAUCAAAACAAAGUCAAAAUGCACUUUUUAGUCAUUCAACAAAAAUGCAACCAUUCUACCUUCUCCAGUGGGACGGAUUUCACUGUGCUAAAGUUCCAGGGAAGACCUCACCUGGGGUUUCCUCAUCACCUGCUCUCUAAGGAGCAGGAGAAGGGUGGUGGGGAGAGGAGGAACAAAGCAAAAAUACACAAUCCCUUUUCAUUUAUUUCCACUUUCAGCCUUUGGUUUUUCCCCUCUCUUUUCCCUUCUCUGGUUAUGAUCUGAGUUUCAGUUACUCGCUCGAAACAGACUUGAUGAAACAAACAAAAAAAAACUUUUUUGAGUUUUUCUUUUUCUUUUCCCCCUCUUUUCUCUGCAAGGUUCAGGGGGAGGAUGUGGGAGGGGAGUCCCCUCAUCAGUGAAACCCAAGAUCUUGGAGCAAUCCAACUGACCCUCAUUUUACUGAUGACCCUUUUUUUUUUUUAAUUGAUAAAGAUUUGCAACCUCCUCCCCCUACCCCGAUCAUGCGGCCUUAUAUAGAUUUUGCUUUGCCAAAAUUUUGCCUUAAGCUGUGCUGGGGGUGGGGUGGGGGGAGGGACAGACAGACAGACAGACAAGCAGAAUCUUUUCUGCUGGAUUUAAUGAGUUGAGAUGGAAGGAACACCACCUUCCAUCUGUGGAGGAAGGAAAGGGGGAGAUGACUUAAAUCUCUCUCUUCUUGGGAUCCAAAGAGGAGGCAAAGACCAGAAGUAAGCCAACUGCUUUUUAUGCCCCUCCUCAUUUUGGCUGAUAUGGACCCACUUUACCCUCCCUUUUAAAAGGUCCUUCUGGUCCUCUCCUUCCCCCUCUCCCCGUCCCAAGCGAACUCCCCUCCUGCCUUGGUCCCAUGCAGAGGCUCUGGCCCAGCUGAAUGGCAAGCUGGCACUCGGCUGGGCCCCUCUCUGCUUUCUGUUCUCUUCUCUACAGCAUCCGCUCAGGGGUAGGCUAAAUGGUGGGGAAGAAGGAGUCAAGAGCCGUGGAGGGAGUCAUAAUUCCAGACCCAACUUGGGCUCUAGUAGAGCAUCCACUCCACUCCUGCUGUCGGCUGCGCGGCCCUUAGGGGUGGUCUCUGCUGGUCUGUAGCUCUUCUAAGGCUUUAGAACGCCAGCUACCACCGCCAAUAAUACACACCUGUAUUUGUGAAAGGUUAAAAAGGAAAAAAUUCCCUCCAUGCAGCUGAAAACUGUAGAGAAUGAGCAACAGAAGCCUACUUGUCCCCUCCUCCCCCCUUCCCCCAGUGUUCUCUGGAAAUGGAUUGUAUGGGGCUACAAGCCUAUUCUGAGGACAAAAUCCUCUUUGGGCUCUCAUAAAAAGCUCUCUAGGCAGGGACUUUUAUAAUCAUCAAAUGUCAUUAAUUCAGAUGCGGUUUGUGCAGGAGGGAGAAGGAAGAUGGCUACAAAUUUACUUUGGAUCUUUUCCUUGUUGGGAAGGUAGGGGAAACAUUAACUCAGAGAUCCUGUAUUUCCUCAACUCUAGGAAACGAACCGAUGGCCAGAGCUGGAAAGUCCCCAUAGACUUACCAAUGAAUUUCGGCUGGCCUUGGCAGCUUAUUCCGAGUUUUCAUGCCCAAGGAGCACUCGGAUCAGGGAACCCGUCCCACUCUCUCCUCUCCCGGGCUCCCUAAUCAUAAUUUAGGAGAAUGGCAAUUCCCAUACACCUCGUCCUGAGUAAAUGCCAACGCUUUGUAGCAAAUGUCUUGCCUAGUUGGAUAACUGCUCACAGAAACCGCAGGGGAAGAGAUGGUUCCCUAUAGUUCUAAACUAAUCCCACUUUGUUGUAGCGUUUUAUCAAGGCUGUGGUCCUUCCUGAGCAACUCCACAAAUAAUCAUAAACCAGGGUGCAGAAUAUCACUAGACGUUUUUGCUUGAGACAUGGCGUCUGUACUAGUCUCAAGAUUUAAGUGGUUUAUAAACAGUAAUCCAAAUCCCCUACUAUAAUAUUCCAUUACUUGUGUAAUAAUACAUUUAUUCAGGGAUAUUUAACACAAGAUGGAGGCUCCACAUCCAGCUCAUAUAUUUGGGGGGGAACAGCUAUAUUAAAACAAAUUGGGCUAGAAAUAGUUUACUAGCUUUUUUCGGGCUAGUAUCAAGCUUAGGUAUUCCCUUUGCUACGUGUUGAUAAUCUCCACCCCUCAGGAUGCUCUCCUUCUGCAUGCUCAGAGGAACAAAAAAAGGGUAAUAAUAAUGAUAGCUGAUAGGUGUUUUGCAGUUUGCAAAGCCCUAUAUAUACAGCACAGUGUAGUGAGAAAAGGUGCUGACUCAGAGAACAUGAGUACAAAUCCCGCCUACAUGUGUGCUCACAAUCUCCAUGGGCUCAGUUUAUUCAUCUGUAGACUGAGGUUGGACUAUGACGGCCUCUGGGGUCCUGUCCAGCUCUCCAUUCUCAUUUGACCGUCACUCAGAGGAACCUUUUAAGGUUGGUGGUCCAAGAUAUUAGCCCUGUUGCAUAAAAAAGACACAGGUAUGGAACGGCUAAGGGACUUACCUACAUGGAAAGUAACUAUAAGUUAGUAAAUAGUAAAAGUGAAGACUGAAUCCUUGGGUCUUAUAACUCCCAACCCAGAGGGCUUUUGCUCUCCUAUUCCAUCUCAGUUGUUUCUCAAGCAGUGGGUCUAAGACUAUGUAAGCAAGCAAUGGAGGAGGGAAAAGCCUUCCCCCUGUGUCUGAGGCCAUGUGAUGAUGCACCAAAGAGAGAGUGCAGAAAAGCUAUAGCCAUGACAGUAUGGUUGAAUAAGAAUGCCUGUAGAGUGAAAAUGGCUGCAGGUGACAUUUAGCCUCUCCGUGAGAAAUCACCCUUAUGGAUCCAGGUCAUUUUGCUAUAAGUAGAUCAGCAGCCUCUGGCAAAAGGCCACUCGGAUUCGGGUCCUAGCCCUGGCCCUGGCCCAAGCACCUACCUGUAUGACUUUGGGUGAGCUACUUAACUUUCUACUUAAUUCUCUCCAUCAGUCACAAUGCUUAGCACAGUGCCUGGUACAUAGUUGGUGCUUAAUGUUUAUUGACUGACAUAAGUGUAUUGGGUUAGUCGGUGGUUCUCAAAAGUAUGAUCUGAGGGGGUCCCCAAGACCCUUUCAAGUCUACCAAGGUCAAAACUUACUUUUGUAAUACUAAAAUGUUUUAAUUUCUAAUAAGGGUAAACAUUGAUAUAGCAUAUUGAAACAAAAGCUCUUUAGGGCAUCGUCAAUAUUUUAGAAUAAAAACUGGGUCUGGAGAUUGAAAAGUUUGAGAAUUGCUGGGCUAUGUGAUCUUUAAGCACGCUUCCAGCUCUCAAUCUUAUGGCCUGUGAUCUUACAGGUCACUUCCCUCUCUGCUUGCCUCUCACAAAAUGAGGGGCUACCGCUCUGCUUCCAAUGUGGGUAACCGUGCUAGGGCUGUUCUUUAGAGUCAGGGAUAAUGAUGGACUGCUACAGGUCAUGAAGAAGUGUCAGGGACAGGAUCAGAAGACAGGAUUGGGCUCUCACAAUAGUCUGAGGCUCUUGAGACCCUGGAGAGUGAUAGGCUCAUUUAUCUGGAGUCUUGUCAGGCCCUAGGCUCACCAAAAUGGGACAAGGGGAAGAACAGACACAUGUGGAAAAGACCGGACCAGGGGAGGUCUGGGGGCAAGAUCUUGAGUUUCUCAGACCAAGGAGCCAUUCCUCCAAACCAGUGCUUUCAGAGGGUCCGUGUUUGUUAAAUCAUUUCGCUCUUAGAAAGGAACUAGCAAUGUGUCCCAUUUCAGAAGCAGGGACUCCUUUGAGGAUUUCCCCCCAGGAUACCACUCGAGCAAAUGCCAAAGUUUCUCAGGAAACAAUUGGACCGUGGUUGGAUGGCAACUUUAUCAGAGCCACUGCAGCAUUCCUCCCACCUCCCAACUCCCUCCCCAGCCCAGCUUACAGACUAAAGACCAGCCUUCUCUACCUUCUCAGCUCCCACCUUUGAUGUGGACUUCUUGCUGCUCCUUGUGAAAACAAGGUAAUAGGAUAAGAAUCCUGGGGAGGCCCUGAAGUGAUCUUGAUCACUACAGGUUUUAUCAUGAAGUUAUGCUUCAGUUUAUUAGCCCAGGAUAGUGAAGACUGAAGAAACAUAGAAAGUCAGAGGUGGAAGGGACUUUGGAAUAUAAAAGGUUGGAGGUGGAAGGGACCUUAGAAUGCAAUGUUAGAGGCACUUUAGAACAGGUGUGUUCUUAUCCUUUUGUGUGAUAUGAACUCCUCAGGAGAAUGCUUUUAAAUUCAGAGGCUUGGACCUUAGCUAGAUGGCAGUGGAUAGAGUACCACUUCAAAUCAGGAAGACCUGAGUUCAUGUGUGAUCUGACAUUUACUAGAUUUCAAUCCCAGUUGUCUUCUCCAAUAAAUAAAUUCAUAGCAUUAAAAAACCCUAAUUAUAAUUGAAAUAGUUAUCAAAAUAUAUUUUUAAAAGUUCAUAGACUUCAGGUUGUAAAUCCCUUUAAGAGUUGAGUCUUUAGAACAUAGAACAUUGUAGCUGGAAGAGACCUUAGCAAUCAGCUCAUCAAACCACCUCAUUUUACAGAUGAGAAAACUGAGACCUAUGGAAGCCAAGUGUCAAAUCCAGUCAGUAGCAAAACCGAAUUAGGACCCCGGUCUCUAGACUUCCCUAUUCAAUGCCCAAAGGGAACUUCAGGGCUGACUGUUAGCUCUGCAUCUUCUUACCCAUCUCAGGAGCAUAGACAUCAAACUGGUCUCCUUCUGAGGCUACCAACGCCUCCCCCAUACCUUAUACCUUCCCUGCUUGGACACUUUCCAGCAAUAAAGAACCAUCCUUGGUCCUACAGAGAUACUGUGAAAAAUAUGUACUGAGACAUGAGUCUUGAAGAAAAUGUAAAACUGAAAAAAAAAACACCUUUAUUACAAAAAAACUAAUGAAGCAAAAUAAAGUGGAAUUUUAAAGAA